AUGCCAACGUCAAAUCAGUCGCACUCCGAGUACAGCUUGAAGAAAAACACCCCAGCAAAAAAUGAGCAACGACUGCGAUCGGCGACUGAUGUGGGCCCGAGCUAUGAACGCGAGGAGAAAGAUCAAGAAGUCGAUGCUCCAUACAGAAGUCGCCUCUAUCAACUCUUCGGCUUGAUCGAAAAAGAAUUUGAUGCCUUGUACGCAGAGAAUUGCGAGCUGAAUGCAAAAAUCGCUGCACUGACGGAGAAAUUCGGCGACUCGGUAGUCUCAUCGGUGCCCGUUUCGGAAAUCGUGCAAAAUAACUCGGAAAUCGUGGCCUUGAAAGGAUCUGGGAAAAAGGCUAUGCAAAUGGGCCUCAAAUUGCGCACGGCUCUUCGUGGACCACCCGGACGACUCGUUUUUAAAGUUGGUGGAGCGGAUGGGCGAAAUUUUCGGAUGACUUCUCGUUUCACUGGGCAUCGUGAUGGUGUAUGGCACGUUUCAGCGAAUGAAGUGGCAAAAGUUGUCGCAAGCGCGAGCGCUGAUCAAACGGCUCGGGUCUUCUCGUUGGACACCGGUGUCUGUUUGGGAACAUAUGUUGGACAUACUGGAUCAGUAAAUUCCGUUUCUUUGUGCCCGACCUCGAUUCAAACCGAUACUUUGAUUUAUUGCUCGGCGAGUGGUGACGAGAGUGCUCACAUUUGGAAAAUUCCUGCAAAUACAGAAGCCAAGCCUGUUCACCAUACUAGCAGCGAGGAUGAGAAUGCGGAUUUGAUUGAGAAAGAGGAAGGCGAUAAUACGGAAACGAAUGAUAAUGAACCACAAAACGCUGAGGGAGCAAAGAUACGAAAUCCGCAAAUUCGACUCACCGGGCAUACGGGAGCCGUCGUGAGCUGCGAUUGGCUGGCCGGCGGGCACCAGUUGCUCACGGCAAGCUGGGACCGAACGGCAAACGUUUACGACGCGGAACGAGGAGAGAUCUUGAACAUUCUAUCAGGUCACGAACAAGAAUUGACCCAUUGCUCUGCGCAUUCAUCGCAAAAAUUGGUCGUCACUUCGAGUAAGGAUUACACCUUUCGCUUAUGGGAUUUCAGAGAGUCAAUUCAAAGUGUGGCCGUUUUUCAGGGGCAUAAUGACUCGGUUUCGUGUGUUUCUUUCUCGUCGGGUGAUCGCCUCGUUUCGGGGAGUGAUGAUCGAACGGUUAAGGUUUGGGAUCUUCGUAAUAUGCGUUCUGCUUUGACGACGAUUCGGCUCACUUCUUCCGUGAAUCGUUUAGCUGUUAGUCAAGUGCAUUCAGUUGUUGCCAUUCCACACGAUAAUCGUCAUGUGCGAAUCUAUGAUCUUAACGGCGUUCGCAUACCGAGAGUACCCAAUAGAAGGUGCCAUCAUCGUAUCGUUUCCGGCGUCGCUUGGGCCGAUGAUCAUCCGACGACCAAUUUGAUCACUUGUGGCUUCGAUGGACAGGUAAUCGGCUGGAAAGUUGCUUUGGGAAAAGAGUCAAAAGAAGCGAAAGAA